AUGACGAUGCUCGAAACAGCAACACACAUGCCGAUGCUGGCCAGCGACACCACCACCACGGCCGCGAGCAGCGCCUGGGGAAUCGGGCAGGAGAAAGCAGCAGCAGCAGGAGGAGGAGCGGAAGCGGAGGUGGUGAGGGGCGAGGUGAGGAACCGGGCGCGCUUCGAGGCGGCCCUGGCCGGCAUCCUGGGCGCCGACUUGGCCCCGCGGGGCGCCGCGGCCGGUCGCCUGUACGAAGUGUUCGUGGCGUAUUUCCUGCACCAGGCCCUCCACCACGACAAGGCACUCUCCGCCCACCGCCUCACCCUCACCCUCCUGGGCGACCCCACCGCAGCACCAACCAACGGCGUGGGCGGAUGA